GGUCACAGGCAGCUUCAUCCUCAACCCCAAGGGCAAGGAAGCCACUAGCAGGACCUUCACUGCAAUGGGCCUGGAGUGGGAGUAUGCAGUGGAGGACGCCAAGGAAAACCUCAAGACGAGCGGGCCCCUGCCCGAAGCCAUCGCUGUCCUGGUGCUCCCCCCGGCUGAGGGCGGCCCCCGCGGCAGCCUGGCCUACAAGUACGUCAUCCACGAGGACCUGCUGCCCCUCAUCGGAAGCAACAACGUUCUCCUGGAGGAGACGGACACCUACGAGUGGGCGCUCAAGAGCUGGGCCCCCUGCACCAAGGCCUGCGGAGGAGGUAUCCAGUUCACCAAAUACGGCUGUCGGCGCCGACGAGAUCAUCACAUGGUACAGCGGCACCUGUGCGACCACAAGAAGAGGCCCAAACCCAUCCGCAGGCGCUGCAACCAGCACCAGUGCCCCCAGCCUGAGUGGGUGAUGGAGGAGUGGAGCACCUGCAGCCGGAGCUGUGGGAAGCUGGGGGUGCAGACUCGAACAGUGCAGUGCCUGCUGCCCCUCUCCAACGGUACCCACAAGGCCAUGCCAGCCAAAGCCUGCCCUGGGGACCGGCCGGAGGCCCGGCGGCCCUGCCUCCGAGUGCCUUGCCCAGCACAGUGGCGGAUGGGAGCCUGGUCCCAGUGCUCUGCCACCUGCGGAGAGGGCAUCCAGCAGCGGCAGGUGGUGUGCCGGACCAAUGCCAACAGUCUCGGACAGUGCGAGGGGGACAAGCCGGACACCAUCCAGGCCUGCAGUCUGCCUGCCUGCAGAGGAAACCUCCAGAACUCUACCGUGAGGGCUGGCGUCCAGGCACUUGUGACCCCACAAUCUGGGUCCCUACAUCCUAUUAACAAGAUAACAUCAACAGAGCCCUGCAUGGGGGACAGGUCGAGCCUCUGUCAGAUGGAGGUGCACGAGCGCUACUGCUCCCUCCCCGGCUUCCACCGGCUGUGCUGUGAGUCCUGCACCAAGAAGGCCUCAGGCCCUGCUGCCAGCCUGGACCCCGGCCUGACCUCACCACCACCCUACUCCACGCCUGGGAGCCCCUCGCCAGGAGCCAAGACCCCUCCAGAGGCUGUGGAACCCACCAUGUGGCCAACGGGCUCGGACAACCAUCUGCUUGGCCGACCCACACAGCUCCCAGGACCUCUGGGUACAAGCCCCCCGGUGACCCAGCGCCUCGGCUUUGCUCCCCAGAAACUGAGUCCUGGAGCAUUGCGGAGCACUUCCCCUAAUGCCACCUGGGGGCAGCCUUGGGGCUGGACCCCUGGCCCACCUCUGCCAGCCUCUGAGGAGAAAGGGCAACUCAGGGAAGACCUGAAGCAUCCGGGCACCGGCCUUCCAGCCACCUCCCCGGUGACAUGAGCCCUGUCCUGCCCAUCCCGCCGCCAGUCAAGUUUACACUCUGUAAACUUGCCCAAGACCUCCAGCUCAGAGGACACCCAGCGGGCCAGGGGCAAGCACAGACUUCCUUUUAAAUUAUUUGCCUUCUUGUUCUAGUUUCGGGCUGUGAUACUUUUCACCUGUGAAAUGGGUGUGCGAGGAAGAAAAAAAAUCAGGGAAAACCGUAACCUGAGAUACCUCAGCAAGCAGCCCUGGUGACUGAGUCGAACCUCUCAGGGGCUCCUGUCUGUCUCUCCUGCCAGGACUGAGGGCCAGCUGACGCCCUGUCCUCACAGCCACUGGGUCCCACACUGGACCUGUCCAGCUGCCUGUCUUCACAGAACUGGUGGGACCCCUGUGCAGGCCCUGUCUACCUGACCCCUCUGCUCAGAGGGGCACAGCAGGGCCAGGGAA